CGACUGUUCUGAGGAAUCAUGUCCGGCCGCGGGAAGCAGGGCGGGAAGGCGCGGGCCAAGGCCAAGUCGCGCUCGUCGCGGGCCGGGCUGCAGUUCCCGGUGGGCCGCGUCCACCGGCUGCUCCGCAAAGGCAACUACGCGGAGCGGGUGGGCGCCGGCGCCCCGGUGUACCUGGCGGCCGUGCUGGAGUACCUGACGGCCGAGAUCCUGGAGCUGGCGGGCAACGCGGCCCGCGACAACAAGAAGACGCGCAUCAUCCCCCGCCACCUGCAGCUGGCCAUCCGCAACGAUGAGGAGCUCAACAAGCUGCUGGGCAAGGUGACCAUCGCGCAGGGCGGGGUGCUGCCCAACAUCCAGGCCGUGCUGCUGCCCAAGAAGACUGAGAGCCACAAGGCCAAGAGCAAGUAAAGCGGGCCUGGGGAAGCGUCCCAAGCACAGAAGCGAAACCCAAAGGCUCUUUUCAGAGCCACCCACAGUUUCGAGAAAGAGCU